AUAUGCAUACUACUAUGUACAACCAUCUCAUCUGAACUUUGGUUCAAAACUCAACCGAUAUGACGGAGUGCAAAAUGACAUCUCGAUGCGAUGUUCUUGAGCUCUCGACGUUAAAUAAAUAUGGAGUGCCUAUGUGUGCGUGCGGUUUUAAUCCAGCACGGAUUAUGAAAUGAUUAUUAACGUGUGGAUGUGUCCUCCUGGAUCUCUUCUUCGUAUUCAUGUGGGCGCGGGGCCUCACGCGGAGACUGACGGUCCAAGUCGUCCCAGGACUUCACGGGUGGCCAGUGGCCUGCCACGCUGCAAACCUGCGUGCUUACAGGGGCAAGGACCCACCGAGGGGCCGUCCAGUGUCGGGGGUCCCUCCUCUCUGGCUCACUGUCGAGCUGGCUGCUGCUGCACGUCCACUUGUCUCCUUUAAUUUCCACGUUCCUUCACCCACUGCCUCUGCCGCCUGCCCGGCUGCCCGCCUCCUGCUCGAGCUCGCCCAGCCGCUGAUGUUGCGGAUGAGAAGAGAUAAGUAUAAGACUAAUUCCGGUGCUCUGAGUCUUCAUUUUCCACAAAAGCAGCUUCUCAAACCCAUUGUCUAGCUUCUCCCUCUCCACCGAACCCACACAACCGUGUUUCCCUGUGUCCUGUGCGUGUGUUUUGGAGCUCCAGGCGUAGCCAUGGCUCAGGUACUGGCCACCAUGGUGGUCGGGCCACUGGUGUCCAUGGUGAAGGACAAGGCCUCCAGCUACCUCCUGGACCAGUACAAGGUGAUGGAGGGAAUGGAGGAGCAGCACAAGCUUCUCAAGCGCAAGCUGCCAGCCAUCCUGGACGUCAUCACCGACGCCGAGGAGCAGGCAGCAGCGAAGAGAGAAGGGGCGAAAGUUUGGCUCGAGGAGGUCCGCAAGGUUGCCUACCAGGCGAAUGAUGUCCUAGACGAAUUCAAGUACGAGGCGCUGCGCCGCAAAGCCAAGAAGGAGGGGCACUACAAGGCACUCGGCAUGGAUGUAAUAAAGCUCUUCCCUUCUCACAACCGUAUUGUUUUCCGUCACAAAAUGGCAAACAAGCUCCGUAUGAUCUUGAAAGAAAUUGAUGUCCUCAUCGCAGAGAUGAAUGCAUUUAGGUUCAAAUUCAAACCAGGGCCACCAGAGCCCACAAAUCACUUGAGGCAGAGUAAUUCUGAUAUCAUCGACCCAACAAAUAUUGUCAGCAGAUCGAGAGAUGAUGAGAAGAAGGCGGUUGUUUGUAAAUUGCUUGCUCAAGUCGGCAAUGAGAAUCUCACGGUCCUUCCAAUCUUUGGAAUGGGGGGAUUGGGCAAGACCACCUUGGCACAGCUCAUUUACAAUGACCCUGAAAUCAGGAAGCAUUUUGAGUUACGGCUUUGGGUGUGUGUCUCUGAUAACUUUGAUGUGGAUUCCCUGGCUGAUAGAAUAGUGAAAGAGAAUGGUUGUAAUCCAAAUGGAAGUUCAGCACUGGAGAAGCUUCAAAACGCAGUGAGUGGGAAGAGGUACCUCCUCGUAUUGGAUGAUGUCUGGAACCGUGAUGAGCACAAGUGGGAAAGGCUGAAGUCCUACCUUCAACAUGGUGGUAGAGGUAGCUCACUGCUAACAACAACCCGUGAUGACAAAAUUGCUCAGCUAAUGGGUACAACAGAAGCCAACAAUCUCAAGAGCUUGGAUCCAAUCUACAUAAAGGAAAUUAUUGAGACAAAAGCAUUCGGUUCAAAACAAGUAGAGCAAAGGCCUCGUGAACUAGUUGAAAUGGUUGGUGACAUAGUGAAGAGAUGUUCUGGCUCUCCUUUGGCUGCCACAGCUUUGGGCUCUGUACUACGUACCAAGACCAGCAAGCAAGAAUGGGAAGGUAUACUAAAUAGAAGCAUGAUUUGUGAUGAGGAAAAUGGAAUUUUACCAGUACUUAAACUCAGUUACAAUUGCUUGCCAUCAUAUAUGCGGCAAUGCUUUGCUUUUUGUGCUAUGUUUCCACAGGAUUAUGAGAUUGAUGUGCAAAGUCUAAUCCACCUAUGGAUGGCCAAUGGUUUUAUCCCAGAGCAACCAGGAGUGUGUCCUGAAACCAUUGGAGAAAAAAUUUUCAACGAGCUGACGUCGAGGUCAUUUUUUCAGGAUUUGAAAAGCGUCCCAUUUGAAGAAAGAAUUUCAACUUCUGGAAGCAGUAUGAACAUGUAUUGUUCUAGAAUUACUUGUAAGAUCCACGACCUUAUGCAUGAUGUUGCAGAAUCUGCUAUGGGAAAAGAAUGUGCUGCAAUAACUACACGCCCGAGCCAAAGUGAGGAUGCUAUUCAUUCAACUCGUCAUUUGUAUUUAUCAGUCAAUCAACCAGAAAAUCAUUUGAAUGCUUCCCUAGAGAAAGGAUCUCCAGCUUUCCAAACAUUGAUAUGUGAUGGAUAUGUAAAAGAAGAUAUGAAGAUCUUAUCAAAAUACAACUCUAUCAGAGCUUUAAAGAUCGAUCGGGGCUCAUUCCUAAGGCCGAAAUAUCUUCAUCACCUGAGGUAUCUUGAUCUCUCAGAAAGUGAUAUUGAAGCGCUUCCUGAAGACAUCAGCAUCCUAUAUCAUCUGCAAACACUAAACCUUUCUGAUUGCCGUGAUCUUCAGCGACUUCCAAAGGAACUGAAGUAUUUGACUUCCCUCCGUCACCUCUACACUCACAACUGUCCAAAGUUGAAAAGCAUGCCCGCAGAGCUCGGACACCUCACUUGCCUGCAGACACUUACAUGCUUUGUUGUAGGUACUGACACCGGUUGCAGUAAUGUGAGAGAGCUGCGGAAUUUGGACCUUGGUGGUAGACUAGAGCUAAGACAACUCGAAAAUGUCGCAAGAGCAGAUGUUGUAGAAGCAGAAGGUCUUGGAAAUAAGAAAAAACUGACCGAACUGGUGUUAGUAUGGACUGAUAAUGACCAGCAGGCACAGAAUAAUAAUCAUAAAGAGGUGGUGCAAGGUCUCAAACCUCAUGAUGGGCUGAAGGCCCUAAGGAUAUAUUCUUGUGGGAGCAGUAUUUUUCCAUCAUGGAUGAAUAUGUUGAAUGGCAUGGUGGAGUUUAGGUUAUCUUGUUGCAAAAAGCUCGAGAAGCUUCCUGCACUCUGGCAGUUACCAGUUCUGGAAAUUCUUGGCCUGGAAAGAUUGCAGAGUUUACAUUGUUUGUGCAGCGGUGGUACUACACCUGUCACAUUUCCGAAACUGAGGGUGCUUACCUUGUCUGUGAUGCCAAAUUUUGAGGCAUGGUUGGACACAGAUGCUGUACAAGGAGAAAAGCCGAUAUUUCCCAAGGUUGAGGAGAUGCAGAUCCAUUUGUGUGGAGGUUUGACUGCAUUACCAAAAGCAGCACCAGUGAUUACGGAAUCAUUUGGCGGAGUUGACACUAAGUGCCGCUCCGCAUUUCCAGAACUGAGGGAAAUGGUGUUAAUGGAUUUGAAUAUGUUUGACAGGUGGGAGGCAGUCGAAGGAACUCUAGGAGAAGGGGUAACAUUUCCUCGGCUCGAGGAACUGCACAUCUAUGAUUGUGCAAGCCUCAGUGCACUACCAAAAGGGUCGUUAUUGGUUAAACAAUCAUUUGACGGAGCUGAAACUGUGUGCCCCUGCUCUGCAUUUCCCGCACUUAGGAAACUAAGCUUAGCUUGUUUGUCGGCCCUUGAGAGGUGGGGCGCUGCCGAAGGAACUCCGGGAGAAGAGGUAACAUUUCCUCUGCUGGAGAUGUUGGACAUUCGUGACUGCCCGAAGUUGACUGAUCUACCUGAAGCGCCGAAGCUAAGUGAAUUAGGCAUAAAAGGACGUGAUCAACAUGUGUCCCUACAGGCAGCUAGCAGAUACAUUCCUUCACUGUCCAUGCUGCGUCUGGACGUGUCACCCGAUGACGCGGACACAACAUUGCUGCAUGUCAAGCAGAAAUGGAAUCAUGAACUCCCCUUGGCAACUAUGAGGUUAGGUAGGUGCGACCUUCUGUUCUCAUCCCACUCAAAUGCACUAGCGCUGUGGGCAUGUUUUGCACGGCUAGUAGAUUUGGCAAUUUGGGAUUGCGACGCUCUUGUCUACUGGCCAGAAAACGUGUUCCAGGUCCUGGUAUCCCUGAGGAAGUUAUGGAUUGUGAGAUGCAGCAAACUGACAGGACGCACGCAAGCUUCUGGCGAGCAAUCUGCUCCAGGACGGGAUGGACUCCUGCCACAUCUGGAGUCUCUAGGGAUAUAUGAUUGCGCAUCUUUGGUAGAGGUUCCCAACCUGCCGGCAUCUCUCAAGACAUUACGUAUUGACAGCUGCAGUGAUAAUCUCAAGUCCAUCGUAUUCGGUCUGCAGGAGGACACAAGGUUGGCGAGGGGAGAAGGUGUUGUACAGCUGGACACAUCAUCAUCAAUUCCAGGGUCCAGCAGUCGUGAGGCCACAACGUCUACAGCUGUACAGAAGCUGCCAUCAGCAACCAACCUUCGCUUCCUUCCAUGCCUAGAAUCUCUAACUAUAUGGCACUGCAAUGGUUUGUCUGAGGUUGCCAAUCUUCCUCCGUCUAUCAAGACCUUGGACAUUUAUGCCUGCGGCAAUCUUCAAUCCUUAUCAGGAGAGCUUCGGUCGCUGGAAGAACUAAAUCUCUCUGCUUGCAAAAGCCUGGUAUCCUUACCGGAUGGGCCUCAAGCAUACUCAUCCCUUAGAGUUCUUGGGAUUAGAUAUUGUGAUGGUGUGAAGUCGCUCCCACCGAGCCUACAGAGCCGUUUGGGUUGCCUCGAGCGGAAAGUUCUAGAUGCCCGUUAUGAAGAACCAAAGACCCGGAAAUGUGCAAUGAGGAGCCUGGCGUGCUUGAAAUAGGAGAUUGAGAACCCGACCAAAGUUCUCACAAGGAUCGUAUUACCAGACCUGCAAAUCAUGGAUUAUUGUGACCAUGCGUAUAACAUGCGCUUUCUGAAGAUGAUCUCCAGUGAACUCAAGCGGAAAUCCAUGACUUUAAGCAGAUAACAAGCCCCGGAUCAUAAGCUGAAGAAUGUAGCAUAUAGAGCUCCAUGCUCCAGUCCUUUAUCAUCCUUCUUCAAGCCGAAGUGUUUGAUUUUGAGCAGAAGACAAGUCUCAGACUGCAAGCUGAAGAAUUUGUAGCAUUUGGAGCUCCAUGCUCCAGCUUUUUAUCCUUUUUUUUUCUGUGUUUAAACUAUGACGUGUUUGAGCUCGUUUCUGCUCCAGCACCAGCGAAACAGAACUAGCGCUUCAUUUGUGAUGUGUUUUUCUGCAUGACCGCAGAAGAUACUUGCCAUAGAAUGGUCAACAGUCCGACAUACUUCUCCUGUUGUUCGACUUGUUCGACAUGCUGCUUGAUAUGAACUCAAUAGCAUGAGGGUGAGUCCUGCAA